AUGGAUUAUGGCUACUUUGGAGAUGUUGUUUGUCUUGAUCCAACUUACGGAACAAAUAAAUAUGCAAUGCCGAUUGUUCCGAUUGUAGGUGUCAAUCAUCAUCUUCAAACUGUAUUAUUUGGUUGUGCACUGAUUUUUGAUGAAACAGAAUACUCUUUUGUUUGGGUACUUGAGAAAUGGCUACAAGCAAUGAAAGGAAGUCAUCCCAAAGUAAUUAUGACUGAUCAAGAUUCUGCCAUUAGUGGUGCAAUUGCCAAAGUCUUGCCAUAUAUGUGUACAACUCAACGAAGUGAAAGUAUAAACAAAUUUUUCAAAGGGUUUUUAAGUAGAAAAAUGUUGUUGUUGGAGUUUGUUCAAGGUGUUGACAAGGCACUAAUUAGACGUCGAGAGAAAGAAAUUGAAGUUGAUUUUAAAAUGAACAAUAUGCAACCAUCCUUAAUACUUCAUAUGCCUAUUGACGAAGAAGCAAGCAAACUGUACACACCGGCUAUCUUUGCUAAAUUUCAAGAAGAACUACUUGGAAGUCUUCGGUACAAAUGUUGCAAGUUUGAAUUUGCGGGUUUCUUAUGCCGUCACAUAUUGAAGGUAUUCAUUGUGGCUAAUGUGGAUAAGAUUCCAACAGAAUACAUGUUAACCCGUUGGACAAGAGAUGCAAAAUGUGGAAAAAAUUUUGAUGAAGAAGAUCAAGAAGUUCAAGAAGAUUUCUAUACUCAUUUAACACUUAGAUAUAGCACCCUUUCUCAUGAAGCACAAGAAGUUGCAACCAAGGCAUCUUGCUCCACGGAAGUUUACAAAGUGGCUUUGCAUUGGUUAAGGAAGACAAGAGAAGAGGUUGAAAAGGCUAUUAAAAUGCAAAAGUUUGAAGUUCCAAAUAACAACAUUGACAAGUGUUUAUCACAACAAACGAUUAUGUCAACCGAAGUAACAAUCCAUGACCCUCCACUAGCAAAAUGCAAAGGAAGUGGUGGAAGAAAAAAAGCAUUUUGGGAGAAAAAUCUCAAGAAAAGAAAGGCCAAAGUUGCUAUGGGAAAGAAUUCAAGUGUAUCAAUCAAGCUUAGUUUUAUUGUGAUUUAUUAG